ACAGACCGGAUGCAUCAGACGGUCAUUGCAGCCAAAUACAUCGGUCAAAGAGUUCACCCUUCUGCUUCAUUUUGGGGGCAUCCGAAAUACUUUUUUUCCCUCACUAGGAUUUUUUCCCACUUGGUUUUUCUUAGUGAGGUUUUUAACGAGGCACCUCCCCAUUGUGGACAAAAGGUGACAACCCUCAGCCCCUAGAAAAGUCAUUACGAGGAAUUCACUACUCUACUCCUCUCCAUCUCACCACGCCCGCCUCAAAGAAUGAAGAAUUUCAAGAAUAAGAAAGGAAUCAAAUUACUCUCUUUCGUUGAGCCUGGUCAGCUCAAGAGAGUAUGGGGGGCUCGUAUGGUACCAUGGAUCAUUACCAUGGCCCAAGAUUGAGUUAAAGCAAAGCCCAUCAAUGAGAUCAGCCCAUCAACGGGAUCAACCCUUCACGGGAUUAAUAUUAAUUAGCCAUUGAGCCUAAGUAUGGAUCCAACCCACGAAAGGAACCCACAACCAGGCCAGACUGGACAGCGGACCUCGAGCUUGGGCGGAUUUCUAGUGAGUCCGGUAUAUUCCUAGGGCUUACGUGGUAGGCUAUCAUUCCAACAUAGCCAUUCGAAUUAAUAUGCAAUUAAUAGCAGUUAUUGUAUCAAUUUCAUACUAGAAUACUAGUUCAUGUAGCCUAUAAAUACUCUUGUACAUCUCUUGUAAAGGGGAGCCUUUCGAGAUGAACAAUACUGUUACUACUUUCUUUCCUAUGAUCAAUGAAUAUUUGAUAUAUCAAGCUCUUGUUGCUGGAAUUAUAUUACAACAGGUUGGGUUAUUAAUUUCCAUUUUCCCUUAAAUUUAAAUAUAGUGACUGUGUUUAGUAAAAUGGGGACGGUAAAUAGAACUACCCAAACGAAUUUGGUAUGUGUACUCUCAAAUACAUUGGUAUUAAUUUCCAUUUUCCCUUGUAACUAGUUUUCAAAGUGAAUAAAUAUUCACGAACUCGACUAGUCAUCCUCAUCGAAUUUGGUAUUUGUACUUUCAAAUACAUUUUAAUACUAAUGGAUUAAUUAGUCCAAGUUCAAAUUGGGAGCGGUGUCACAAGUUCACCCCCCCCCCCCCCCAACAGGAAUUUUGUCCCUGAAAUUCACGUCGCCAUUUCAUUUUAACCGAUGUCACUCUAUCCUUAGAGUACACACUUUUCCAAGUCUCUACGUUGACCUGAUCACUUUAUAAAACACCUUAGCCAUUGUAUAAUCGUUGCCCCUAUGCAUUAUCAUUUACAUGGGUAAUCAUAGAAUUAACAAUUCCUUCCAUACUUGGGUGUCAAUUCUCCUUAGAAUUUUCAAGUGGCCCUAACUAGUUAGGUUAUAUUCCUUGGCAUGUAAAUCCGAUAAUUCUCACCCAAGGUGAAUCAUUAUUAACAAUUUUUCAUUAACCUUUAACUUGAAGGUUCCCUAGUACCUGAUAGCAUAUUCCGUUUUAAAACAUAUUUACCUACAUACAAAUAUGUAGUCGGCCGUGGGUCUGUGUUCAUUUAGAAACACCCUUCCCUAUCCCCCAUGACUACUAGUCACGAUUAUCAUAAACUCAUAACAAAUCAUUAUGCCGUUCUAGGGCUUACCCUAACGCAUUAUUUCAUUAUAGGAGAGCCGCGCUCACUUAUUAUAAUUACACCGUGCUAGAGCCUUGCUCGUAGUCACAUUACAUCGUGAUAGAGUCUUGCUCUUAGUCAUUUUACAUCGUGCUAGAGCCUUGCUCAUAGUCACUCUACAUUGUGCUAGAGGCUUGCUCUUAGUCACCCUACAUUGUGCUAGAGUCUUGCUCAUAGUCACUCUACAUUGUGCUAGAGCCUUGCUCAUAGUCACUCUACAUUGUGUUAAAGCCUUGCUCAUAGUCACUCUACAUUGUGCUAGAGUCUUGCUCAUAGUCACUCUAUAUUGUUCUAGAGCCUUGCUCAUAGUCACUCUACAUUGUGCUAGAGCCUUGCUCAUAGUCACUCUACAUUGUGCUAGAGUCUUGCUCUUAGUCACCGCUACACUGUGCUAGAGUCUGGCUCUUAGUCACGUUACUAAGUCUCUAAGCAAUCUCUAUGCCUAGACUCAACUCAUUUUGAGUAGCCUUUAAGGCCUACCAUUAACAUACCUUAGAUCUGAGCUCGUACAAUUUGACCUUAAAGUAUCUCUUAAGACUACUUAAGGCAUCACUAUUCACGAUCCAGUCUCUUAGGAUUAAUUCCAUCAUUAUUCGUAUUAACCUCUCGGCUAGUAUUUUAAUACUAGUCGGAUAAUCUUAGAACAACCAAGUUCUUAAUUCAUGUUGCCUAUCUAUACCUCGUUAAGAUUCAAAUCAUAGGCAAAUUGUAAGUCUAAGAUCGAUUCAUCAAUCUAGUCACCUCGGGUUCUACCUUAAGGAAUGCCCGAAACAUAACUUAAAUUUCGUUAUCUUACAGUCAUGCUAACCGUGUCAUCUCACACAACGCUUCCCAUGGAAGCGAUCCAAUACUCGCUCGGUAUCCAUUUCUACAUGAAGGACUCCCACAUAUCAAGUAUCAAUCCCAACUCUCAUGGGAUUUCAAAAAUAAGUAACCAUCCUUGGCUCUAAAGUACGCCUCACAUACUCGUGCUGCCCACCCAUAGGUGGAUGGAUAUAAAACUAAAAUUCAAUUUAGUUCUUCAAAUUCUUUGUUAUCCCCUCGUGAGCUCCCGAUACUCAUACAAUAAUGAGUAACAUCUAAGGCAAAUCAGCUAGGUGUUUCAACCCUUAUAUUGGUCUCAUUUGUAUCGUAUUAUAUUACUCGGUGAUAAUCAAUCACCGGUUCCACCCAUUAUCUAAGUCUUACAUAGACUCCUCGUUAACAAUUUCUUACGUCAAGCUUUAAUGCCCCAUUCAUAUGUUAUAUAAUAUUCACGGUUCUUUUUACCGAUGAUCUUGCCCUCUCUUUGGGUAACACAAGUCUACUCAACUUGUUCGUUUACAACUCGGAGCUUAGGGCCCCGCCCUUAUUUCUCUCGAGUCCUCAAUCUCUCGGGUAUUAGCCAACCCUAGCACUAUGCUUCACAAACCAUUCCUUAUCAAGGUUAUCUUAUGGGUUCCAAUCGUACUCAACGAUACUAAAUCUUACACUCAAUUUCCUUUGUUCACUACUACCAUUAUGUAAUAGUAUGUAUCGACCGUCGUAUCAUUUCAAUUUACAAGUGCCACUCUCACACUUGCUUAACAUGUCUUCGUAUUAAGGAUGAUUCUAUCAUCCUCUCCGCACACCUUUAGCGUUCCUACACCUCAAGUCAGUGCAAGGCACACUCACCUACGUAAUGAUACGUUUCAAGGCUUAAAAGAUGGCUCGGGUUCAAAACAGACGAAAGCCGUCUGGUUCACAUGAAAGCCGCCCAAAGAACUAAAAGUUAUGGCAUUUGAUAGAAUAUAUGGGCUUGCACUCACGAUGCACAUAAUCAUGGAUAAACAAACAAUAUUACAAGUGACUGAAGUACCGGCCCCCUCGGCUGGGGCCCAGCUAGACGAGGAUCACCCACAUAGAAAGAUACUCAUAAAUAGAGAAAUCCACAUAUGGAUUAGAUCAGUUCAAGAGUGGUCACGGCGUCCUAGCCUCCUCGGCCAGGACAUCUCUACCAGGGCCUUUAGCAGAUAACUUUACAUUGUACUUAGUAGAAUAGAUUCAUGUAAGCAAUUUUUAAACGGGCCAUUAUUAUAAUUCGACCUCCCAGGAUCAAGACCUUGGAGCUCAACCAAUAUUUCCUCUAUAAAUAUCUCCUUGGGAUUAGUCGUAAGGGGUUGGGAAAACAUUGAAUGCAAAGAAUUUUUUCUGUACCUUUCACUUUUCUCUAGAAUUAUACAAUUAUACUCUAUUAGAAUUAUUAUUACUCCCUCUGUAUUUAAAGGAUCGUUACAUUAGGUCUUGGAAUAAUAUUUAAGGGGAAAUAAUAGGGGUAAUGAAUAGUGUACAAAAGUAGGGGAGAAUCUGAAAAAGUAGGAAAAAGAAGAUAAAAGUAGAAAGGGUAAGGAUAAUUGAGUAUUUUUAAAGGAAAAACUUACCCAAAAGGGAAAGUGUAGUAAACUUUUAAAUACAUCCGAAAUACGAAAGUGCACCAAGCUUUUAAAUAUGAAAGGGGUAUUAUUUUAUCAUUAUCGUUCUCUUAGUGAAAAAUAUAUCUUUACUAUUCAUUAAUCAAACAAAUCUCAUAACAUUGCUCUAAAUGUCAAUUUUGGGUUGUUUUUUAUAAUUUUAAACAAAUAAGCACGUGGAAAGAAUGGUUUUCUCACGCGAUUCCAUGAAUGUGUCAUUGACGCCGCGAGUGAUGCUGUGGACCUUUAUCUCAUGCUCGAUCGCUCUUGGGCUAAGUGAAACCAUGAGGAGAGAUGGACGAUCUCCGCAUGUAAAAAAUGGUUUUGUGAGUUGGCAGAAUAUAUUUGUGGCGUUAGUUUUGUUCUUGGUAUGAAAUAUGAAUAUGCUCCAACUUUUCACAGUUUAUACCGUGGGAUCGGCCCACCGUGUGCACGAUGUGCCGAUCCCAACACGGCGUCACUUUAUCAAUUAAAAACAACAACUUAGCUGCAACCGCAACUGUAAUGUCGAUCUAAAAACAUCUCAUGUUCAUCGGCAGCCAAGGAGCACUAACGCAGGCAAAUUAAAGAGCAAUACCGGACUGGAGCCACUUCAUGCCUCAUGCUCUUCAACCUCUAGUUAUAGAACCAUCUUCAACCUCACGCAUAACACUUUUGUAAUUUACCAACAACCCUUCUUUUUGAAAGGUUACGCAUAACCCUUUUAAAAUUGAAAGCAAAUUCUUUUGCUUUGAUUUAACAUCUAAUAAGCUGUGUAUGAAUCAAAUUCGGAUUAAUACUUCAAAUAAAUUUCUUCAUUCUGUUGAUGUUGAUCGAUGGAGUUAUUGGUUUAUGUAUAUGCUAAAGUUACAUUUUCCAAGUUACAUCUGACUUGUUUUCCAAUUACAUUUCAAUUAAAGUAGUUUACAUUUAAACGAGUUACAUUUGAAUGAGUAUAAGUUACAUUUUGAUUAACCUGAAGUUACAUGUUGAUUCAAACGAUUUACAUUUCAUAUAACUCUAAGAGCAGGAUGCUCAUCCUGCACCGCUCCCACGGUAUAAGAACUCCCAACUUUAUAUUUUUUGUUGUGUUCAAGCUAUUCUAUUGCGCUUUUUUCGAGCACUGUUAUGUGGAUCGUGUGUUUUGUCUCCCUCGAGGCUCAACGAGUCAACAUGUUUAGGGAAGUUGUUGUCCCAGCCAGAUUCGUUUGGUCGAGAGAUUUUGUCUACCUCUUCACCGGCUAUGAACAAUUAGGGGUGGCCCCGGCCUGAGUCCUGGACCGGCCGACCCUGAUUCAUGAAUGGUGAAUCCGGAACCGACCUGGAUUCUAGGGUCCCAGUUCGGCCUCGGGUCAAUUCAGGUGAUUUUGAUUCUUUUUUUUUAAAAAAAUUGUAAUAUAAAUAACAACAUAAAGAUGAAACGUAAAUUUAUUUGAAACAUUAAAUUAACUUAGAGUAUUAGACAUUUAAAAAUUACAAUUUAGACAUUUAGUUUAAAUACAUUUCCUAAUCGGCAAAACUCUCGUCAUCAACGUUUCCUAUUUCCUAUUUGGUACUCCCUCCGUUCCGAAAAGGUUGGUCAAAGUUGACUUUCACGUGAAUCAAUAAAGUAAAAACUGUGUGGUUGAAAUUUGUGCAGAGGAGAGAGAAUUAAUUUUAGCCGCAUAUUCCUUACUUUAAAUGGAAAUGACAAAUCUUUUUGGGACAUUCAAAAAAGGAAAUUUGACCAACAUUUUUGGGACAGAGGGAGUAUUAUAUAUAUAGGGUCUAGUUUCAAUAAAAAGUAGGCUUAAAAUACAAAAUGAGAACAUCUCCACUUUUGAGCAUAUGAAUUCCACUAUUACAUUGAGCUUUUCCAUCAUCCACUUUUGAUCCUUCGCGGUACACUAUUGCAUGCUAGAAGUAUUCUUUUUCUAAGGAAGAAAAACUUGAAUUUAUUAAUGAAAAAUGUCACCACAUUUUUCAUCUACCUUAAUGCAUUUUUUAUAUAUUUAGAAUCAUUAGAUCCUAAAUCCGAUGUUCCAAAUUUAUUCCUAUUUUUCAUGAGAAUAAAUAUUUGUAUUUGAUUAUAUUUAUGUGUGUGUGUCAAGAGAGAGAAAUGAUCUUGUCCAGUCCGAUGGACAUGACUCUCCGUCCGGUCGCCACUGUUUCGGGCGGUUUUCGAUGAAAUUUUUUGAACAUAUUUCUCAUGAUGUCUAGUUUAUAUCCACCAAAUUUCAGCUCAAAACUCAAUCGAGAAGGAAGUCAAAUAAGUUUUAAAGAUAACUGCACCAAAAUAUACAUAUAAAACACAGUUAUUUUCAAAAGUUUAUUGGGAGAACUACAAAAUAAGCCCUCGAACUUUCAUAAAAAGUGCAAAUAAGCCCUUUUAUAAGAGGCUCUGUCCGGCCGUCGCCAUUUGGGUCGGUUUCCGGUGGAAUUUUUUGAUGAUUUUUUUUGAGAAUCUUCUUCAUUAAAUUUAGUUUACUCAUACCAAAUUUUAGCUAAAAAAUCAAUCGGGAAGACAGUCAAAUGAAUUUUUGAAGAUAACUGCUCAGUUAGACAUCACAUUAUAUUUCAAAAAAUCAUUUUACUGCCUUCUUGAUUGCAUUUUUAGCUGAAAUUUGGUAUGGAUAAACUAGACUUGAUGAAGAAAAUGUUAAAAAAAAAUCAUCAAAAAAUUCUACCGACUUAUUUGCACUUUUUAUGAAAGUUCGAGGACUUAUUUGAUAAUUCUCCCAAAGUUUAUUCUAUUGUCUUCUCGAUUUAAAUUUUAACCUAUGGACAUAAAUUAGACCGUAUGAAAAACAUGUCAAGAGUAGAGCAAUUCAGUGGAACGGCCAACGGCAGUUCAAAAUUCUUUUACGGUUAUCAAACCUGCAUCAAACGGCGCCAACCGUAGGAGAAGGUUAUUACAUUCACUUCUAAAAUGGAGAGGAUCAGUACUAUUUCUUCCCCUUCUCAUCUCAUUGUGCGACAAAGAACAGUGAUAUUAUUUGGGACAGGGUGGUACUUCCAACAGGCUGAACACCAUUGGCUACAAUCAAUUCUCAUGGAGGAAGAAACACUUACAAGUUAAAGAGCAUAAGGGGGUGGUAAUCCAAGAAAGUACCAUUAGAAAAUCAAGUAACAGUACAACCAUUGAAAACAAGCGGACUAGAGCAAUUUUUCCGGGCUUGCAAAUAUGGAAACUUCAAUUGCAUGGAAGUAUGUUCUCAUACUUAGUAAUGAUCACUUUGUUAGGCUUGCAAAUAUGGAAACUUCAAUUGCAUGGAAGUAUUGGAAUGAUCACUCAUGCAGUCAUAGAGAAACUCUCUUCAGACUUUUCUCUACAUCCACAGUACCAAACUUUCGACUUUUGCAAGGAAAGUACGGAUACGGUGAAGCAAUUUUUGGUUAGGUAUUUUGAGGAUCGUAAACAAGAGGGAUACAUUGUGCUUCAAGACCCAUUAUGGGAGUUCUAUGAUGCUAUGAGUGUUGGAUUGGGAGGAGGGACUAAUUUUUUGGACAUUGACUCCUUUUUUCAACUACCUCCAUCAACUUCAGGUGGUGAGCAACUGAUGAAUCAACCAGGCAUACCAGACCAAAACAAUGCACCAGAGGAUGGGAACAAACCCCAAAAGAUCCCUCUUUCUACGCAGAGGGAAAGAACUGGAAAGUUGAAAUUAAAAGACUUUGCAGGGUAUCUUCAUCUCCCCAUAGAAGAAGCAGCAAGGAGAAUGAACAUCUGCCCUACGGUCAUGAAGAAGAUAUGCAGGAGAGAUGGGUUGGUGCGUUGGCCUUAUAGAAAGGUGAGAAGCAUCCAAAGGAAAAUAGUGAAUAGGUCGAAAAGCUUAUCUGCGAACGACGACGAAGUGAGGGACCGCGCUCAUGUUGAAAUCCUAGAGCUCCAGCAACAGCUCGCCAGCAUUUCUGAAGCAUUCUUUGGUUAAUUUGUAUAUAUAUGUACAUUUAUUUUUGUGGCAAAAAUCAAUUCUUUGAAAGGGUGUUUAAAUAAAAAUAAAACUAAAAAUGAUAUUAGGAGGUAUAUUCAUACCUAAGAGUAAUGUAAAUUGUAAUCAACCCCACUGAUUUUGGUGGUUUACCUUCAAGGUAAAAAAAUGUAAAUUGUAAUGUAGUUUGUAAAUAUACAUGUAAUUGUAUUGUAUGAUUCAUUCAUGCUUGUGUGAUUGGCACUAAAAGUGUAUCUAUUGAUUACUA